AUGACUGAAGCUCGGCUUCCCAAAGUAAACGAUGGACUGCCACCCACCGCUGCCACCGCUGCCACCGCUGAACCAUCAGACCUCGCUGCUGCUGCUAUUGCUGCACCCUCAUCGUCAUUGUUGCACCAGCAGCAGCAGCAGCAGCAGCAGGGUCCUCGGACUGCGCGCAGUGUCGUGAGCUGGACCGACCAGUCCCACCACCUGCGCCGCUUGGCUGGCGAUCUGGCGCCCGGCGAGGUCGCGCUGCUGCCUGGGAUUACGCUGCACCGCUUGGUCGCUGCACUCCAGCUCAUGGACGCCAAGAUGGACGCCGGGUGCGUGCCAUUGGCAAGGGGUCAGGCGGCCACGUUGGACGACGCGCUCGAUCGAAACUUGCUCAAGACGAGCGGAUUUACACAUGCCGAGCGGAUUGGACUGAUGGACGCGCUGCUGGCGUGCGAGGCUGCGUGGCUGGGCGGGACGCAGCUGCCGCAGUCGCUCUUCACAUGCAUGUACUUGCACAAGACGCCCAGCGCAAUCACGGCAGAUCCCAUUCUGAUGCCAGUGCUCACGGCCAUCUUGAGGACGUGCGAGCACAUCCGAAUGAUUGUCAUGCGCGCAGACGUGUACCAUGAGGAAGACAUUCCGCUGCAAACCCACGGCUUUACCACCUGCAACGAGAUCUCAAACGGCAAGAUGGCGCACAUGCUGCAAGAUGUGGAGCGGCAUUUGCUGGCAGAACUGAACGGACUGCCGGCCGACAGCACCGCCGCCAAGGAGGUCGCUGCGCUUCGGGCGCGCGUCGGCUUCCGUCGCAGCUUCUUCAAGGCGCUCGUGGCAUUCGACGCCAUCAAGUGCGAGCAACUUGACAGUGCCAGGCAGCUGGUCAAGGAAGCGGCACAGCAUCUCGCAGUGAUUCGCGACACCCUUGCGCUCGGCGAAGGCAUUGGCCCUUGCGAGCAGCACGCCGGCCAGUCCAUCCACUCCUUCCCCAACGCCGAUGCAACAGCCACGCCGCCGCGCCCAGGCAGCACCCUUCCUUCCAACCCAUUCAUUGUUCCCUUCUGGUUGGCGUCGCAGCCACUGGCCGCAAGUCGCAUUCCCACCCGUCCCGCCGCGUGUGCGCUCUUUGGCACCAUUUUGGACGAGUUGCUGUUUUCAAGUCGCGUGACAGAGUGCACGACGCUUGAUCAUGCGUUGGAUUUCGUCAUGCUCUUCAAUUCUCGGGAUCCAAACGUCCUGUCCCGCUCCCGCCUCCAUGCGACACUGAUUCAAAUGCGAAAUGUCGUUUUCGGGCUUCACCCGCUUUCCGAGUGGAUUGCAGCGUCAGUGACCACGUUUUGCAACCCGCUCUCGCUCGUCCCGGCCGCCUCACCCAGCGACUUUUCCGCCAAUGAUGUUGUCAAGGCGCAAUUGAAGACCGCUCUGGCGUGUUGUGAGAAGGUCGUCUUGCACAUUUUGCGGGCAGUUUCGCUGAAUCGAGGGCGCGAGCGAAGGCGGAUUGCUAGAAUGCUCUCCACACUUGAAGAACUUCAUGCGGACGUCGAGCAGUGCGACUUUGAAAUCUACCACCUCUGGCAGUCUCAAUAUGCCACCCCUGAACAACUUGCAGAAAUCGACGUCAGUGCACCCAAGGUGGACCAAAUAGGCACAUGGGUUCUCAACCUCAAGCUGAUGAUGUGCGAGCGAUUCGUGCUGCAUGGUUUCCGGCUAAAUCUGUUUGCACCUCGUGAGCAAGGCACGAUGCUGCGCUACGCCGACUACCUCUUCAGCUGCGAUGUUCAGAUGUUUGACCAUGUGAUUCAGUUCCAUUUCCGUCAGCUUGAGCUCAACAUGAAAACCGCCGCACGACGAAAAUCGGCCAAAGCAAAAGCAAAGAAUGUGCUUGCAGAAUGGCUGGAAAUCGUUCAGCUCCUCCGCAAGGUCCCACAACUUGUUCUCAAAGCGCUUCAGGUGGCUCACUCUGGCCUCGUGCACGCCGGCAUGCUCGCGCCUCCACACGGCAUUUUUGACGUGGAAGAAGUGCGCUACUUGCGACGUGUGAUGCCCUUCUUUAGCCUGGCUUCUCCCGCCCCGGUGACGUAUGAGGCGUACCGAGCGAGUCAAUCGCAAGACGCCAAUUUUGAUCAAAUGCUCAAGACGGCUGUCGAGUUGCUCACCUUUGCGCGCCCAAUGCUGGAGCGCCUGUUGCCACCGCCCACCGCACUCACACCGGCGCAAACGGCACUCCCUGCCAAUCAGAGGCCCGGUUCGCUGCAUGGCACCUGGAAGCACAUUACAUGCCUGCCAGACAUGUGGAUGGAGGAGCUUAACGCGUUGCUCAAGGUCAUCAAGAUGAACCUCGUGGUUCUCGGCCUGGUGCGUGCGCCGACGUACAACAAGAGCGCGCAACAAGCAGUGCUCGAUUUUCAGCUGCAUCCGUGCUACCCGAUCGUCCGCUUGGUGAACAGACCUUCUCCGCCCAAGGAUGUUUGAUGUCGCUCUGUUUACCAAUACAAGUCAACCAGAGCAACA